AUGCCCCAGUCCAUGAUCUCUCCCUCUCCUUCUACCUCGGUUUCCACUGGGGAAAACCAGAUCCAGGAGCUUGAAUCGUCGGAAGAACCAGUCCUAGAACCUCUGAUCGCUUCGGAAAUCGGACAUGUUAAAGCUAAGGCGGUCGCAGAAGGAAGGAACCCUAGCUCAACAGCAUCUGAAGAUCCCAGCUCUCCGUCGACCAUAGAAGAAAGGAAGGAGAACACGGCUCGAGAGGGGAUCCCCUCUCCGAUCAGCCCCCCCAGAUCUGAAAACCGGGUGACAUCCUCGAGCCUUCUGUCGAGAAGAAGCAAAUCCAUCAGCAUUCUUCGAGUUCACACGGGGAGGAGCAGGGAAAGAACCUGUGUUUCUCAGGCAAUCGAGGAAGUGAGGACGGAGGAGACUCUCUGUAGGACUCUGUUCACAGGUUUGGACAUGGGGGAGGGAGAUGCUGUCCGCGAAGAGACAUUCCUCUCGGACAAGGAGAACAUGACGCCAGAGGCUUUUCGAAGCAAUGCAACGAAGAAGAAGAAGCAGACGACAGGGUUGCAGCAGAGAUCCUCUCUGAACAGCGAGGUCGCCCUAGAUGAGAAAGAAGAGGACGAUGGAUUCCCCUCGGACAAGGAGAACUGCACGCCGCAUGUUCCCGGAAGACAAGAAGAAGGACGAUCAGAGAAGUCAUCGAAGAGCGAUCUGUCUGGAAGUCGCCGGAGAAUGGAAGAGGAGAUCGUCCAGAGACGGGUCGGGAGGAUCCCUUUCCAGUCUCUGAUGGAGAAUCCUUCCAGCAUGAUCUCUCGCUCUGUCGGAAAGAUCCCCAUUACUCAGCAUCUGAGUGAGAAGAAUCCUCCUGCCUCCGCCGCCGCAGAUUUCUCAGGCCACAGCACUUCGAAUUGCGAUCAUCAACAGAAACCCAUUGGCGAUGGGAACAGCUUCUCUGAGGCAAGCUCUGGUUCAUCCAUUGUCGUAGUUUUUUUUUGUUUUUUGCAGAACGUUGACCAGAGAUUCUCCCAAGAACAGCCUGCCGCGGAUCGACCGAACCCGACGAGAUCAGAAGGUACAACAAGGAGGUGGCAUAUGGUGGCGGACACGAGCUGCUUCCUCGACGAAGAAUCGAGGAGGGCCCUGCAGCUGCUGGAAGGCGUCCGGGGAACCCAUCUCAUCGUCCCCAGGAUGGGUGAGUAGUAGUCAUCCCUCCUCCGCCCAUUAUCAUCGUCGUUCCGCUCUGAGCCAGCUUCUACUUGCUUCCCUUUCUCUUUCAGUAAUCAGGGAGCUGGACUGCCUGCGGCGACGCGAGGGCCUGUUCAGGAAGACGCCCAGAGUGUCGCCUGUGUUGCAGUGGAUAGAAGAGUGCAUGGUGAAGACGAGCUGGUGGAUCCACGUCCAGAGCUCCAUGGAGAGCAUGCCGGCGGCGCCGACUCCACCGGCGACGCCCCAAGCACCGCCGCCCCCGGCGCUGGGCCUCACGGAGAUCCUCUCUCCCACUGCCGACGAUCACAUCCUCGAUUGCGCCUUUCUCUUCAGAGGGAUCAAGAACGACGGACAGCUCGUCCUCCUCACCAACGAAGUCUCUCUCAAGAUCAAAGCUAUGGCGGAGGUAAGCAUUCAUUCCGGUCAUGCCAGAUGAGAGGGAGAGAGAGAGAGAGAGAGAGAGAGAGAGAGAGAGAGAGAGAGAGUGGAUGAUGGUUCUAGAAUCAAAAUUUCCGACCCAUUGAAACUACCCAGUUAUAAAUAAGGAAAAACUGAUUUUAUUUAAUAUUAUUCAUCGCAGGGAUUGCUGUGCGAGUCGCCGAGGGAGUUCAGGGAGAGCCUGGUGAGCCCUUGGUCGGAGAGGUUCUUGUGGGCGGAGAGCAGCCCGAGGGGCCCCACCUGGUCCUCGGCCGAUUCGGUGGCGCCCAUCGACGGCCGCCACCACCACCGCUGCUGCCCCGCCACGAGGAGGCCGGCAAAGGAGGCGGCGGAGGGGGCCCGAGGCCUGAAGCUCAUCCUGCUCCACAACUCUCACUAUGCUCAAGCCAACUUGAUCAAAUAA